GAAACGAUACGCAGUCACAGCAACCUCCAGAUCGGAGUCUGCUGAUUUACAAUUGUUUCCAAACAUGAGUGAUUUAACCAGAAGGAUCGUGGUUUUGGGAAAAACUGGAGCUGGGAAGAGCAGCCUCGCCAACACCAUCUUCGGAGAGACUUUGUUCAAGAUAGACGAUUCGGCCAAUUCAGGAACACGUGUAUGUCAAGCAGAAACCAAACGUGUCAACGGGACAAAACUCACGUGGGUCGACACUCCUGGGUUUUUCGACACAAGCAGACCUGAGGAGCAGCUGAAGUCUGAGAUAGAGAAGUGUAUAGAGAAGUGCGCUCCUGGGCCUCAUGUUUUUCUCAUCGUGCUUAAAGUGGAGAAAUUCACAGAGCAAGAGAAGGACGUCGUCACAAAAAUCCAACAAUGUUUCUCUGAAGAAGCUUUAAAUUAUGCCAUAGUUGUCUUCACACGUGGUGACCAGCUCCCUGAGGGAAUGACGAUCGAGCAGUGGGUCGAUCUGGAUCCAGAUCUGAGGAAUCUGGUGAAGAAGUGUGGGAGACGGUGCCACGUCAUUGAUAAUAUUAAAUGGAAGAAAGACCAGACGGAUGAAUACAGGAGCAACAAGUUCCAGGUGGCAGAAAUACUCAAGACAAUAGACAGGAUGGCUGGUGCAAACAGAAAAAGCUGUUACACCAUUGAGAAGCUACAUGCUGCAUAUGGGUCAUGGGCUAAUUGGUCUGUCGGGGUAACAGGGGUAGUAGCUGGUAUUGCAGCUUUGGUGUCCAUUGCUGUUAUUGUUGCUAAAAAAUGAAUAUCAUGACAAAAGACUAACUGCAGCAUUAGGGCUGUGUAAUGUCAAGAAUCUGGCAAUACGAUUCAAACUUAACAUAUUGCAAUAUUGUAAGCAGGGUUGCAUAUUAUUAUUUUUGUAUCUAAUUUGAAAGAAUCCCUUAAAAUUAGAUAAGGAAUUAAAAUUAUUUCUACUCUUAUAUCAUAUAUUUUGUAACUUGCAACUUGCUUUUUUUUCCAUCAUCUAUUUAUCUGCCAAAAACAGUGAAAAAUGGCAGUCAUUAUUUCUCAACAUAAGAACAAGAAUAUGAACCAUGAUAAACUAAAAUGUGUCUUUACCGAGUAUCAAAGACCGAUGAGAGUAAUUAUGAAAUGCAUUUUAUAUAACUUUAGUAUAUGUUUAUUAGAGAGACGUCUGACCUGAGAGUUGAAGUCUUACCAUUAACAUUUGAAAGCAUUGUAAGUUUAAUGUGUGACUCAAAUAUGUUGACAAGUAUAUACAGUGCCAAUCAUUUGCUUGCUUCCCUUCCCUUUGUAUUAUGGUGAAUGCAUUUGAUUUACUGUAUCCUUUAGUAUUUAUCAUAAAAAUACAAUUAUGAAUUAUCCGAUUAUCCCAUCAUGAUCUGAUGUGGGCUC